GUGUAACGGAGUGCGGUGAAGGAGAGAGAGAGGGAUGGUGGCGGAGAUGGCGAGCUGCGGAGCGGCAUGUCACUUGGAGGACGGAGAAGGAGACACCCCUGCACCUGAAAACAAAGAUAAUCUGACAGAAGGUGAGAGCAGUAGUUCAGAUAACACGGGAACAUCCGCUGACGAGAGCUCAGAGGAAGAUGAUGAGGAUGAAGAGGAGGAUGACGACUCCGGCUGUGCUGAGAAGGAUGGAGGAGAAGAAGAAGAAGAAGAAGAAGAAGAAGCUGAGGACGCUCAUGCUCAUGCUGAGGAGUCGAAACACGAGUCAGCCGCUGGACGUGAAGCCGACGUUCUGAACGGGAAAGAUGAGAGGCAGUUCAAAGUAUGCUGUGAAAAAUGCAGAGCCAUCCAUCAGAGCCAUGGCAAUGACGUCGUUACUCCAAGGAGGAUCUCCAAGGGACGAUUACAGGUGCAGCUGGAAGGAGAGGGAGCGUACGAGUGUUCGGUCACCGGUCUGGUGUUUGAAGCAUCAGAGCGAGUACUCAUAAGGUACUCGGUCUUGUCCUGGUCCAAGUUUGGCGCAUUCCUCCGAGACUCCUGGAAGUUUGCCGGACCCAUCUUCAAUGUGGACACAGUCGGCAAGGACGCAUCUGUCCUCAAGUCCAUUCAGUUCCCUCACUCCAUCUGCCUCGCUGACCCAGAAAAGGACAUGACCUUCAGCGUCCUACACAUCAAGGGCAACCGUCCUCUCAUUGAGCCCACAGUGGACCACACAGGUAGCCACGUGAAAUGGAACGUGACGUCGCUCUCACCUGUGGGUCCCAUCAUCCAGACCAGCCAGUCUGUGGAGCACCACGGCGUGGUCCUGGUCUAUAAACAGCUGGGAGGCGACAACAACAGCUACAGUUUCCAUGUGUACCUGGCCACUAACAGUUCAUCUGACAUCAAAGAUAUAUGCAAACAAGUGCGGGGCUACAAGAAUCGCUACAUCCGGAUCGAAAAGCCUCCCACGUGUAAACUGGACGAGGGGACGUAUCGUCUCCUGAGCGAGCCAGAGGGAGACAUCAAACCCCAGGAUUUGAAAUUCACUCUCGCGGUGACAAAGAUGAAAGGCUACUUUGAAGCUUACUUUGAGCAGCCUCCGCCCUUUAAGUUGUCUCUUAUAGAGACCGAGUCUGAUCAGACUGUAUGGUCUGCCACCAUCAGAGAAGGUGACUGUGUGGAUACGACAGAAAAGAAGCCCAGGAAAAGGACUAACAACCGACCAGUGUGCAUGGGUUGCUUUGGUAACAACAUAAUCGUGUCCAUAUUUGUGGCUCAGCUUUCAGUCCUGGGUGCAGGCAGGAAGAGGAGCAGCAGUCCAUCAGAAGACGAAGCCUUCUGUAAAAAGCCUCGCUGGCAGGACGAGUCAGACGGAGUGAAGACAGGAAUGCCUCAGGUUCAGGACUUGUCCGAGAAGCAGCUAUUACAGGUGGCCAAGCAACUGGGCAAGGAGUGGAAACAGGUGGCCAUCUAUCUCGACCUGAACUCCAGGCACCUGGAUGACAUUCAGGCGGCGGAGAAAGAUGUGACCAUGCAGAAGCUGAAGAUGCUGGUGGAGUGGAAGGGCAGACAGCUGCCGGGAGAAGCCACGGCGAGCCGUCUGUGGAAAAGUGUGGAGGAGCUGGCAAACGACUUGCCAAACGAGGUCCGACAGACACUGCAAGAUAUGAUAAACAACCCAGCAGCUAAGUGAAAACAUCUUUGUCGGCAUCACAGAGAAAAACCUCUCAGGAAAACAGCGAGGCAGAGUCGACCUCUGGACCGAACAUCAGCUCUUCCCCCUGUUUGCUGAUUUCUGGACAUGAAACUUAAUUAUAAGUUGUUUUUUUAUUUUUUUUUAUUUCUGCAUUUCAUGAAGACGUCAUAAACUUGGACAGUGACAGGCAUUUCUCCUCAUUUUCAAACGUUUUGAAUAUCUAGUGAGGUAGGUGGAUGUGUGGAGGGCAAUAAGAUAUUCAGCAGCUAAUUAUGUAGCCAGUGACGGAGCUAAAUGUAGGUGCUGCAGUGUUGACGCUGCAAACAUCAGGACAAAUCUUUCCAAUCUUUGUGUUUGCUUUCACUUUUAAACACAAUAUUUCUGGGAGUUUUUAGAAAAAUCAGGCAUUCCAACACAUACGAGACAUUCCAAAGCGUCAAAGACUGAAGUACGAUUUUGUGUCUCGUACGUUUUUUUUUUUAAUGUUUUUGUAUAUUAUGUCCUGUACAUAUCUUUUUAUAACCAACAUUUUCAAAUCUAUUUUUUACGUCUGUUUCAAAUGUUUGUUUUUUUAAAACUGUCUGUGUCUGUUAGACCCAACGUAGCUGCACGAGGUCCAUUAUUAUGUUUUUUUGUUUUUUGUCUUUGGUCGUUACUUGAAUUAUGAACCAUUUCCUGCUGUUUCGGGGACUGGAACACACAUCCUGUGUUUAAGUAUACACUUUUUUUGUGUGUAGUACAGACGUUUAGAACUCAUAGAAAACACAAACGACAACUUUGAAGUUUUCUUCUUGUGUGAGUCUAAACCAGGCGUCAUGCCUGUGUUUUCAAAGCUUAUUUCAUAGAUGUAGAAAUUAGAGAUAAACUUUGAGGAAAACAAGUCUCAGUUAUGGUCAAUUUUCUCAUCAUUAGUUGAGAAUCCUUUGUUAGAACCACUUUUCAGAUGACAUGCUGUGGGUGUAGUAACACUAUUUCUGGAAAAACUGCAGAAACUGCAUGAAGAAUGGUGAAUGUUGUCAAGGUCUUCCAUGCUGAUGUGAUGCAGUAAUGUUUACGUUCAAUAUCAGUGACCAAGUCAGGCCUUUGUGUAUCACUGUAGGUCUGUGUCAUUUGGAAUAAAGGCAACAGUGCAAAUAUU